CAUCAGGGGCGGACUGACCAUUCGAGCACUCGGGCACUGCCUGAGGGCCCAGGGUCAGUAGGGGACCCCAUGAAAUGCCCCUGGUACCUUUUAUAGGCUUUUUGGGUGUGCUUUGAGUGAGGGCAAGGACACAGGGGCCCCAUGAUCCCCUAUUGCCUGGGGGGCCCCAUGAGUUGUCAGUCCACCCCUGCUCCCCAUAAUUGCCAAGCAGAAUCUAGUAAUAUAUUAAAGCCCAACUCUGUCACGGUCUGGGUCAGGUUCAGAGACCAGUUGCUACAGCAGUAAAAUAUUCCAUUC